GUCGCGUCCCUCUUGAUAAACUCUGUAUGCCUCGCUUGAAUCAUCUCUUAUCGAACUAUUCUUUGCUAAGGGAAGACUGGCCACUGAUUUUUCAGCUGCAGGAGACGACCGCGCACUAGCAGUACUACCCACCUAGGCUCCGAGUCUUCUGAAGUACAGCCACGGGCCGCGCCCGGUCGUCAUAUCGAUCUCCUUCACACUAAAUGGAGCGGCGAAUACCCAGACUGAAAGCGGAUAAUAGUGCGCAAGCGUACAAAGUCUUUGACUUCGGUUAGGCAGUCGACGGAUGGCGUCCGUUGGAUUAAUCAGCCUGCUACUGCGCUCGACGUAUAUAGAGACGCAAAGUCUCAUUUCUUCGACAGCAACUUCUACUGCAGUCAAUCGACUCGCGCUGACUAUGUCUCGCAUCGCUACCGUGUUUGGCGCCACUGGCCUCCAAGGCUCCUCCGUCGUCCAGGCUCUCUUACAGGACGGCACCUUCAAGCCCCGCGCUGUCACCCGCAACGUCGACUCCGAGGCCGCCCGCAAGCUGGUAGAGCAGGGCGCCGAGGUCGUCGCUGCCGACUUGGGCGACAAGGACGCCGUGAAGAAGGCUGUGGAGGGCGCGGAAUGCGUUUUCGUGGUCACCCUUCCCUUUUCCACCACCGUACCUGAGCUCGUGCAGGGGACGAAUGUUGUAGACGCAAGCAAGGAGGCUGGCGUGCAGUUCGUCGUGUUCAGCACCCUGCCAGACGCCAAGGAAAUGUCGAACGGGAAGUAUCCCCAUGCGGCUCACAUGAACGACAAGGCCCAAGUUCAGAAAUACCUCGAAGCGUCCGGACUCGCCAACGCAUCCAUCGGGACGGGUGGAUUCCUUGAGAACACCGUCAGACCGCUCCUCGGCACGCCCUUUGAGAAGACCGACACCGGCUACAUCCUAAACACGCUCGCGAAGCCCCACGCGAUCGGCAUCCAUACGUGGAUCACUCGCGACAUGGGGCCCGCCGUCCUUGCGCUCUUCAAGCAGUAUAAGACGCGCGCAGAGGAGAUUAAUGGCCAACGAUUUGUACUUGGAGUCGGGCAGUCGACGGCGGAGGAGUACGCGAAGGAGCUGGCGAAAGGUCUUGGAAAGCCGGUCGAGGUCAAAUACAAGGAGCCCAGAGGGGUCCCUCCCGUUGACGACAUGUUUAACUUCACUGCUGAGUACAGGUGGUACCCGGACGUUCCGGUGCUCCCUGAUCCUCGCCUCGGGAAGCUUGGGGUGAAGCAGGGAACAGUCGAGGAGUUUGCACGUACGGUUCUUAAGGCUCACCUGGGGUGAGGAAAUACAAAGUGGACGAAGACGAAGACGCCUUAUAUGUAAGCUGGUAGUGUAAAUCAAAGUGCGGGAUUGCUGAACACCGC